AUGGGGGACGUGAAGAACUACCUGUACGCCUGGUGCGGGAGGAGGAGGGUGACGCCGGCCUACGAGAUCCGCACCGGCGGCGGCCGCAGCCGGCAGACCUUCCUCUGCGAGGUUCGAGUGGAAGGCUUUAACUACAUUGGCAUGGGCAAUUCCACUAACAAGAAAGAUGCGCAGAGCAACGCUGCUCGAGACUUUGUCAAUUACUUGGUUCGGGUGAAUGAAAUGAAGAGAGACGAAAUUCCUGCGUUUGGACCAGCAGCGGGCGAUACCCCCGAUGGGGGAUAUGAAGCAGCUAGAGAUGUUACUGGUUCCAGUUCUACUUUGGGUGGACCUCUUCCUCCGCAUUUGAUUAUAGAGGCUGAAAUAGGCAAUGGCCCAGAUGCAGCACCUGGAAACUGCGGCAAUCGUGGAGCUCAGUGGGAUCGGGGUGCAAAUUUGAAAGAUUAUUAUUCAAGGAAAGAGGAGCAAGAAGUGCAGGCAACCUCAGAGUCAGAAGUGGACUUAAAUGCUGAUCUUCACGGGGGCUGGACCUUGGAAAAUGCCAAGGCACGUCUGAACCAGUUUUUCCAAAAGGAGAAGAUUCAAGAAGAAUAUAAAUACACUGAAAUGGGGCCUGACCACAACAGGAGCUUCAUUGCAGAAAUGAACAUUUAUGUGAAGCAGCUGGGCAGAAGGAUUUUCAGUCGUGAGCAUGGAUCAAACAAAAAGCUGGCAGCACAGUCCUGUGCCCUUUCCUUGGUUAGACAGCUCUUCCAUCUUGGUGUCAUAGAACCUUAUUCUGGACAGACAAAGAAAAAAGGAGAAUCGGUGGAACCCUAUGAGGUGUUGCUGUCUUCUGACUUAGAAAAUCAGCUGCAAAAGACUGUAAGGGAACUGUCUCUGGAGAUUGUGCCUUUGCCUGAAGAUCCCGGUAAUCCAGUUCUGAUUAAUGUUGGAAAGUUGGCCCAUUUUGAACCAUCGCAGAGACAAAGUCAUAUGGGAGUUGUUCCAUGGUCACCGCCUCAUUCCAACUGGAACCCUUGGACCGGCUGCAAUAUUGACGAGGGUCCUCUGGCACAUCUCACUCCAGAGCAAAUAAGCAUGGAUUUGAAAAGUGAUUUCAUGUACCGUUUGGAGCAGGAUCAAGAAUUACAAAGGAUCCAACAAGAGAGAGAGACUUUACCGGUGAAGAAUUUUGAAAGUGAGAUUCUGGAUGCAAUCCGUCACAAUUCUGUUGUUGUAAUUCGUGGUGCCACUGGCUGUGGCAAAACCACACAAGUGCCACAGUACAUCCUGGAUGAAUACAUCAAAACCAACAGAGCUGCGGAGUGCAACAUAGUAGUGACACAGCCUCGGCGGAUUAGCGCAGUUUCUGUAGCAGAGCGCGUGUCAUACGAGAGAGGAGAACAACCUGGGCAAAGCUGUGGAUACAGUGUGCGAUUUGAAUCUGUGCUUCCUCGGCCGCAUGCCAGUGUGAUGUUCUGCACUGUAGGUGUUCUUCUGAGAAAGGUGGAGGCUGGGAUCCGUGGCAUUAGUCAUGUUAUUGUUGAUGAGAUCCAUGAGAGAGACAUUAACACUGACUUUCUUUUGGUGGUGCUGAGAGAUGUAGUUCAGGCGUAUCCUGAAAUCAGGGUUAUCCUCAUGUCUGCCACCAUCGAUACUAGUAUGUUUUGUGAAUACUUCUUCAACUGUCCUAUCGUCGAGGUCUUUGGUAGAACCUUUCCUGUCCAAGAUUAUUUUCUGGAAGAUUGCAUUCAAAUGACUCAGUUCAUUCCUCCACCAAAGGAAAAGAAGAAGAAAGAGAAGGAUGAAGAAAGUGGUGAAGAUGAUGAUGCCAAUUGCAACCUUAUUUGCAGUGAUGAAUAUGGCCCAGAAACAAAGCACUCCAUGGCUCAGCUGAAUGAGAAAGAAACUUCUUUUGAACUCAUUGAGGCCCUGCUAAUUUAUAUCAAGACUCUGAAUGUCCCGGGAGCUGUGCUUGUUUUCUUGCCUGGCUGGAACUUGAUAUAUACAAUGCAGAAGCAUCUAGAAAUGAAUCCACGCUUUGGAGGCCGCCAGUACAGAAUUUUACCUCUGCAUUCGCAAAUUCCUCUGGAGGAACAACGUCGAGUGUUUGAUCCUGUGCCUCCUGGAGUAACGAAAGUUAUUUUAUCUACCAGCAUUGCUGAGACUAGCAUUACCAUCAAUGAUGUGGUCUAUGUUAUAGACUCCUGCAAACAAAAAGUGAAGCUGUUCACUGCUCAUAAUAACAUGACAAACUAUGCCACAGUCUGGGCAUCAAAAACGAAUUUGGAGCAGCGGAAAGGAAGAGCCGGACGGGUGCGCGCUGGAUUUUGUUUCCAUUUGUGCAGCAGAGCUCGCUUUGAAAGACUUCAAACUCAUAUGACACCCGAAAUGUUUCGAACACCGCUUCAUGAAAUUGCUUUGAGCAUCAAAUUGCUGCGGCUGGGAGGAAUUGGUCAAUUUUUGGCCAAAGCAAUAGAACCGCCACCUUUGGAUGCAGUGAUUGAAGCAGAACGCACACUAAGAGAGCUUGAUGCCCUGGAUUCCAAUGAUGAGUUGAUACCUCUUGGAAGAAUCCUAGCCAAACUUCCCAUUGAACCUCGUCUUGGCAAGAUGAUGAUAAUGGGCUGUAUUUUUUAUGUGGGAGACGCUGUUUGUACCAUCUCGGCGGCCACCUGCUUCCCCGAACCUUUCAUCAGUGAAGGCAAACGCCUGGGUUAUGUCCAUAGGAAUUUUGCUGGGAACAGGUUUUCAGAUCAUGUUGCUUUGCUCUCCGUCUUCCAAGCCUGGGAUGAUGCAAGAAUGGGUGGUGAAGAAGCAGAAAAAAGAUUUUGUGAACACAAACGACUCAGCAUGGCUACUCUUAGAAUGACUUGGGAAGCAAAAGUCCAGCUGAAAGAUAUACUUAUUAAUUCUGGCUUCCCUGAAGGUGAUUCUGCUUGGACAUAGUAAUUUAAUGACUGUAUGUAAUGAUUCUGAGAUGAGAAAUAAAUAAACAAGAUAAUCUAUGAUGAACAUACAAGCACAGAGGCCUAUAGAUUUGCCAUGAAGCUGUUCUGCUUUUACAGCUGCAUUCAGAUGAAAUUUUAGCGCUGUCUCUUUCUUUCGUAGUUAUCUAAACCAGAGAAGUUGUGAUGGCUGUGGUGCAAC